AUGCCCGCACUGCUUGGCGGUAUUGCGAUGGCGUCCGUCGCUGCGCUGUCCAUGCCCGCUUUCGCAAUCCUCUACGGUCUCGUAUCUGGUCAAUACACAAGCUAUGGCGAAGGAUCGAGAAGCAGCAGCCAACUCAUGAGCAACAUGGCCAGGUUCUGCGUAAUUCUUACCGCUCUCGCAACACUCAACUGGAUUGCCGAUAGUUUCUACUAUCUCUUCUUUCUCAUGUUCGGAGAGCUCCAGGCGAGGAGUGCCCGCAACAGAAUCUUCGAUGCUCUUAUCAAAAAGGAUAUGGCUUGGAUCGAUACGCGGGAGGAUGGAAUCGCCGCAUUUCUGCCGAUAGUCACAUUCUCAUAUCCUUCACGCGCAGACGAGACUGUCAUUCGAGAUGCUUCGCUUCUAAUCCGGGCUGGAGAGACGACCUUUGUCGUCGGCAAAAGGGGUUCCGGAAAGAGCACACUAGCACAACUUCUCGUCCGCUUCUAUCGGCCUUCUUCAGGACAGAUAUUCCUGGAUGACGUUCCACUCGAAGAUUUGGACGUCAAAUGGUUACGACAGAAAGUCAUGCUUGUUGAGCAGCACAGCGUGCUGUUCAAUGAUACUAUCCGCCACAAUCUCGCUCUUGGUCAGCUAGGUGAUGCAGUGGAUAUGCAAGAUAUCCGCAAUGCAGUCAAGUUUGCUAUGCUAGAACCUGUUAUGGAGAGCUUUCCCAAUGGACUGGAUACUGAACUCGGCAUGAAGGGUGGCUCAUUGAGUGGAGGGCAGAGACAAAGAAUGGCUCUAGCUCAAGCUAGGAUUGGGAUCUCGCCGGUGCUGAUCCUGGACGAAUCAACCAGUUCUCUUGAUUACGUUACACGAGCCGAGAUGCUUGACGCUAUACGAAGCUGGCGGAAAGGGAAGACAACGAUUAUCAUUACCCAUGACAUCUUGCAGAUCCGACCCAACGACUUCCUGUACUUGCUGGACAACGCCCGGGUAUCUUGUCUUGAUACGCACACCGAGGCUGACACAGACGAUGAGUCUGAUGAUCAUGAGGACGACUCCUAUUGGGGGCCUGAAGCUGGUGACGGCAAUGUGGAACACGAGGAGUCACGGACAGCCCGGAUCAUUUCUAUGACACACCCUAAACUAUCUACGCGACCAGUCUCGCCGAUCGGUCCGUACUCGCGACCCUUUGCGACCAAUGAGUCUGUCCCAGUUCUUUCGGACGCACCGAAGAAAUCUUCGAGAAACGAUAAGCUUCUUCAGAGAAUCGAACGCUUCCGCAACAAGAACCCUAGUGAAGACAAGGAUUUCCCGGCCGCUUCUCUUCCGAUGAAAGAGAUAGUCAUGUCUGUAUGGCCCGCUAUAGUCUGGGGUCCGCGUCUCCUCAUUCUAGCGGCAUCCUUCAGCGCAACGAUUCAUGCUGCAUGCAAACCAGUAUUUGCAUGGGUUUUCGCCCAGCUUUUGACUACUUUUUACGUGCCUGGCGCUAGGAAGGAAAUGUCCCAAAAAUACGCCCUCGUCAUUCUUGGUAUUGCCGCUCUCGAUGGUUUAUCGUGCUACUUCAUUUUCUUGCUCUCAGAUACAGUAGCGCAGACGUGGACUCUUUCGCUGAAGAAGGAAGCCAUGCGGCGCAUCCUGAUGCAACCACGGAAGUUCUUCGACAAGGAAGAAAACAGCGUGUCGCGGCUUGCCGAGAUGUUGGAUCACUCUGCUGAAGAGGCCCGAAAUCGUCCAGGCCGGUUUGCUUGUGUCUUUCUCACUAUGAAUCUUAUGGUUUGUAUUUCUAUCUUUUGGAGCAUGGUCAUAGCAUGGCAGUUGGCCCUAGCUGCUCUCGCAACCGGUCCUGUUCUCUUCGUAAUCACGAAGUGCUACAACGUUAUCAGCAGCCGCUGGGAAAGAUUGGAAAAUGAGGCCGCUGACAAGGUUGGUCAAGUGCUCCAGGACGCGUUCGUCAGUAUCAAGACCGUUCGAUGCCUAGUUUUGGAAGAUUACUUCAAGGAAAUGUAUACCAACGCAACUGCCGAAGCCGUAAAUGUCGGCAUCAAGCGCGCAAUAUACUGUGCAUCCAUUGACGGACUUUCAUUCACUGGAGCCAUCUUCGUAACUAUCCUGCUAUACUGGUAUGGAGGUUAUCUCAUGUCGAAAGAUGAGUACACUGCCGAUGAAGUGUUGGAAUGCUUCUUGGUUCUCAUGCUUAGUGUCAAUCAAGUUAGCUAUAUGGCGAACUACGUCACUCAGGUCAACAUGGCAAGGGAUGCUGGGUCACGAUUACUACGUCUCGCACGACUACCAAAGGACUCACACGAGCUCACCGGCGAAAUUCAGAUACACUGCACCGCUAUGGUCGGAUCCUCGGGGGCAGGCAAAUCUACAAUUGCCUCUCUCCUCCUCAAGCUUUACCAAAUAGGAAACAACCCACUCACAUCCUCCAACCCGUCAGGCGAUAUGACCGUCUCGAAUUACGAGAUCAAGACCUUGCAUACUACCAUCCUCCGUUCCCGGAUGGCCAUAGUAUCACGAACGCCCGUCCUCUUCCCCGGCACUAUCGCAGAAAACAUCGCCUACGGCCUAUCCCGUUUCCUUCCCGAAACAAGCAUCAAAAGCAUCCGCGCAGCCGCCUCCGCAGCUGACAUAGCUGAGUUCAUCGACAGCCUGCCCCAAGGCUACAACACGCCUAUCGGCGAAGGCGGCACAUGUCUAUCCGGAGGCCAAGCUCAACGCGUCUCGAUCGCACGCGCCCCCGUUAGAAACCCCGAUGUGCGUAUCCUCGACGAAGCAACGAGCGCGCUAGACGUAACUUCCGCUCAGAUCAUCCGCGAGACCAUCCUCAGUCUCGUUCACGGUAUCGAAGACACUGGAUCCACCAUAUUCCCCACCCAUAUCACCCUGGAGCCGUUCAGGUUGGUUUUGGGAUGA